ACAGCAUCUCUCCUCCGCUCUCUGACCAUACGUCCUCCUGGCUCUCUGUGGCCAUUCGCGGCCGCAUGCUCCGUCUUAUUAAUUCACACCGGCGUUGCCCUUGGAUACGGUGUCGGAUGUUGAUGUUUUUUCGGUCGUUUUUUUGAUUAGUUCCUAUUUUUGCAACGCCUGCUGUGUUUUGCUUGCGGCUCCUCGGAGAUCGAAGGAGAGGAUGUAUGCAGUCACUGUGUGCGGGUGGACGUGACGUUCUUCGCAAUUGAUGCCCGGUACAGUGCACGGCGCGAUCUGCGUGUGAGAUAUCUGCGGAGCCGGGAGAAGUUUGACUGCGCAUCGCGUGGCGCGGAAUGGGCGAUGGGAUGUGCCACAGCUUUGCAAUGAGAAGUCUGUGGGCCUGUGUCCUGCUUGUGAGCAUCACCUGCCGUCUGAGCCUCUCCCAGGAUGUGACCGGAACUCCAAAGGAGGCAGAGCUUAACGACAACAUUACCAUCUUCACCCGCAUCCUGGACGGACUGCUGGACGGCUAUGACAACAGACUCCGCCCUGGACUGGGAGAAAAGGUGACGGAGAUCAAAACCAACAUCUUCGUCACAAGUUUUGGUCCAGUGUCCGACACGGAAAUGGAAUACACCAUCGACGUGUUUUUCCGCCAAAGUUGGAAAGACGAGAGACUGUGCUUCAAGGGCCCGAUGGAGAUGCUUCCCCUGAACAAUCUGCUGGCCAGCAACAUCUGGACCCCCGACACCUUCUUCCUCAACGGGAAGAAGUCCAUCGCCCACAACAUGACGACGCCCAACAAACUGCUGCGGCUCAAAGACGAUGGGACCCUCCUCUACACCAUGAGACUGACUAUAUCAGCAGAGUGCCCCAUGCAGCUGGAGGACUUCCCCAUGGACGCCCAUGCUUGUCCCCUUAAAUUCGGAAGCUAUGCCUAUCCAGUCUCGGAGGUGGUCUACACGUGGACCCAGGGAGCAGCCAAAUCGGUGGUGGUGGCGGAGGAGGGCUCUCGGCUCAAUCAGUAUCAUCUGAUCGACCAGACCGCAGGGACGGAGGUCAUCUACACCAGCCGAGGUCAAUACACCGUCAUGAUGGCUCACUUCUACCUGAAGAGGAAGAUCGGCUACUUCGUCAUCCAGACCUACAUGCCCUGCUUCAUGACCGUCAUCUUGUCGCAGGUUUCCUUCUGGCUCAACCGGGAGUCUGUGCCGGCACGGACCGUCUUUGGCGUGACCACCGUGCUCACCAUGACGACUCUCAGCAUCAGUGCCCGGAACUCGCUGCCCAAAGUGGCGUACGCCACCGCCAUGGACUGGUUCAUCGCAGUGUGCUAUGCCUUUGUCUUCUCUGCCCUCAUUGAAUUUGCCACGGUCAACUAUUUCACCAAGAGGAGCUGGGCCUGGGACGGGAAGAAAGCGAUGGAGGCCCAACAACCCAAGAAAAAAGACCCCCUGGCUCUGUCUAAAAAGCCAAACAACACUUGCUCGGCCGGCGUGAAUUACACCGCCAACCUCACAAAGGACACGUCCAUCUCCACCAUUUCAAAUAGCACGGCUGUGCAGCUUAAGCCCUGCGAAACCAAGGCCCCCGACCCCAAAAAGACUUACAACAGUGUGAGCAAGAUUGACAAGAUGUCCAGGAUAGUGUUCCCGGUCCUGUUCGGGACCUUCAACCUGGUGUACUGGGCCACGUAUCUCAAUAGGGAACCGGUGAUCAAGGGAGCUGUGUGAGCUCAGCAGCGCCAAGCACCUAGUCCUUGUGUCAUAGCAGGUCGUUGGGUUACAUUGCAUGUCCGUUGCUUAAGGAAAACGUCGCCAUGUUUGCCUUGAGUUUGUACAUGUAGGAUUAACAAAAUGUCCUUUAAAAAGUUUAGUCCAUCUCAUUUUAGAACCCAGUCUCCGAUUAGUGUCUGCCAAAGUCUCGUUUUGUUUUUUUUACUUUAGCAUUUGGCAUUCAUAUUUUCUCCUCGAGUCUACAGUAGAUGAUGGUAAAACAAGGCCAAAUGCUAUGCAAAAAACAACAUUUUUACUGUUAUUACUCGAAAAAAACAAAACGGCUUUUUAUCUAUGUGACUCUUCCUUUGUACAAAUGGGCUGGACGUCCAGGUAUGCAAAGGCCGGGGCCCAGGCACAUGGAACUUUGCUUCCUUGUUAAAAGCAGACGAAUAGCCAUGCUAAAUGUGUUGCCUUCAGAGUGUGACGGCUCCUUAUGAAUGCACUGAAAUCUCCUCCAGUUUGAAAAUGUCCACCAUACAGUCGACGCUAUUUUUCCCCUGCUCACCUUUUUGCUACUUUUCUGGAUUUAGAGUGGCCACUUUUCCAUUAACAUUGUUUUUUCCUGCUCAUGUAGAGAUUAAAACAGGGACAGAUUUCCAGCUAAAGUGACAGUGGCAGCUUCUGUUUCCACGUGGGAGGAAUAUCCUGUGUGUGUGUGUGUGUGUGUGUACGUACGGUCGUAGUUGAAGAAACAUUAACCUGUAUAUACGCCCUGCUUCUAGAAAAAGCACCACUAAGCCAGUAUGGUUCGCUUCUAUGUUAUGCAUACGCAGCAACACAGUGUUACUCUAGUCUAGUGCUUCAUUGACUGGAUAAUGAAAAAGAUUUUUAAAAAAAAAGAAGAGCAAAACUGCUUAAGCUUUAGCAAUUUUGACAAACUAUGAUGCUUUUUAAAAAAUGUUUUCUUUUUUGAUGAGUUCGUCGUUUCUAUGAGCUUUGAUGAUAACUUGCGAAUAUUCUUGAUACAUAUUCGGACGCCUCGAGCGGUCCUACCUUUUGUCAUAAUUAACUUAUGUGUUUAAGAAAAAUGGACCUGAGCUCGUCGGGUUAUCGGGCCAAUCAAGAGACAAAAAGUCACAGGGGUGUGGAAUUGAGACCAUUAUGAUUUCAAAUCACGCAGCGGUCGCUGUUCUCAAGCGAUCGUGCGAGAUCCCGAAUUGAUAUGAAUUUGUCCAUAAAUCGUUGAGUGCUAUGUCAAAGAAAGUCUGAAUGUGCUUAUUUGCUUUCUUGCUGGGAGUUGAGAGGAAAACAUUGAUACCACUCACGUGUCUGUGUAGUACAGUAAAUCUGAAGCCGCGGCCAGAAGCCGGUUCAGCUUAGCUCAGUAUAAAGACUGGAAACAGGUUAAUCCAUUGAAAGAGACUUUUGGGGAAAAUAUGCUUAUUUAUAGCAGUUAUCUUAUCAUAAAGAAAUGAUAUUGUCCGAAAUUGGAGAAAAGAGCUCCAAUAAAACUCACUGUUUUGACACGUUGUAUCUCGUUUUUUUAUGAUAAAUACAGCGACUUUUGAUGACAACAAGGCUGCUGCGCCGGUGUUCAACAUUUCAUUCUAACGCAGCAUUAUCUUGAAUAAUUGUAGAGGAGUUAGGCUCGAGUUUUUGAACUUGGAUUUAACUGAGAAAAGGCAGCAGGUCAUAACCAGGACUUCAGUUUUUGUAUGGAUUUAGGUGAGAGUGAGUAUGUGUGAUUAUUGAGUUUUACUAAGUUGGAUUUUUACCUUUGAACAGAGUCGGAGCAGCCGUUUGUUCCAGUUUUUACCGUCUUUAUGCUGAGGUGAGAUAACUGCUGUCAGACUGUAGCUUGAUAUUUAUUGCACCGACGUGAGUGGUUUCGUGUCCCUUUACUGUACGAACCCCAAAUUCAAACACCUUCAAGGUCACCAUCAGACCACACAAGGUCAAGCUGUUUUUUUUGCAUGAUCCUCACUGUGAAGGCUGCAUGCACAACGCCCCGCUGGGCAGAGUUCGCUUCGCAGUCUUCACGGUUCUCCUCCCACAUUUAGGUUUUCUAAGCCUCUUGUCUCUUGUGGCUCGAUGGACAGUUGAAAUGCGAGCAUGGUCUACUCACGUGACUUUAUGCCUUCUGUGCGGCCUGACACUAUUUAAUACAUUUACGGAGCACACCAAUUGUAUUGUGCUAUUGUUAUUAUUACAUUUAAGUGAACUCUAGGUGCAGGCUGUUCUUUAAAUGCAAAUAUCCGAGGCAAUAAGUAAUGCUCAUGUGACUAAUGUUUUCUUUUUACGGUGAUGUGCAAUGUUUUGACCCUUCUAUUUCGUUGAUGUCUUUCUGUCCAGAUUCAAUUCCUUUUGGCAAGUCUUUUUCUAUAUAUAUAUACACUCUGAUUCAUUUUAGCCCUUCGCUCUUUGGGAGCACAUUUCUCUCUGACCACUCUUAUUUAUUUAUUUAUCUAUGUGUGUUCGUGUUCUUUAAAUUUCGCCCCUUUUUUAUGUAAAAGCCCUGUGCAACUGACCGCUGUAAGGGUCUGGGCCACUAUUGAAACCUUAACUCCAGUUUCUUUCUUUCUUUCUUGUUAUGCAUACCUGAUUCCAAAUAAAGCUUCGAUGACUCAA